AUGGCCCCGUUAUCCGAGUCACAAACCACAACCGAUGGUGCUAUUACUCAGGCCCCGAGUCCAGACUCGGCAGUUACCACCGUGUCAAGUCUAAAGGACCCAUCCACCUUUCCAGGGCUAUGGUAUCGCAUCCAUGUCUUGAUCUUCGAUCUGAGAAAUUUCAACAACCCCUCCUCCAACAAACGCCUCGACAGAGUCAUCGACCCCUCAUUCAUCGGAGCACCAUACUUCGAUCCGAUGGAAGGUGAUCUGAUCAAGAACACCGUGAUCGACGGCAAACAGCUUACAGCCCUGAAACGCGUCGAAAGCGGCGAUUUUCGCGUUUGUGCUGCCCACGACCUCGCCCCGGUCAUCGGACGUGUGCUAGGGAUCGAUCUCAAGCAACUCGAAAAGGAUGAGAAACUCCCCGCCCUAGUCGAGGAAAGGGGGCUCAACUUACAAGGAGAAGACUGGACUGGGUUGGAGAAAAUGUCGUUUUCCUCUAAGAAGAAGAAUAAGAAGAAGAAGAAGAACAAGCGGUAAAUUGUCGUUAUGAACCUUGAUGUAUUUAGUCUUCGUUCGCCUUAUCGUAACUACCGACCCAAAGGAUCUUGACGCGGAGACACUGUCUCCAAUAGGGGACCUCCCUGAUGCCGAAAAGGUUGUUCUUGACCUAGGUCAAAGGAAGGUGGAAACUUUCUCCACGUCUUAUCUCCUUGGUAAGGGUUUGGCCUUUCAUCGAUUUCACGAGGGGGAAAGCAACCUCUGGCUAAUGAUUGAACCUAGUGUUUGAUUAACACUGAUUGUUCAUAGUUCUACGAUAACAAUACAUGUUUGGGAGAGAUAGACAUCCCAAGUUAUCUCCAGGGAGAUGCGAUGAAGACCAUAGUGAGCUGGUCGAAGGCUGGGAUU